UGUUGAAAGCGUGGAGUAAUUUUUCCGGUGUUCCUCAGUCUUAAGACAAAAUGUUGUUUUCAGCAGUUUUCGCUUUAGUUUUUUUGUUUGAAAUUUAUGUUUUCAGUGUUUCUUUUGCAAAAGAACCAAUGUGUUCUAAAUUUGCUUACGAGGAGCAACUUUUGGAGAAGAUGGUCCGUACGGAAAUUCGAGUAGAAACAAUAGACAAUGAGAUAAAGAAAACUCAGGAAACUGUCUUGAACACUUUAAACGACAUAAAGAAGACAGUUGCCGAUAUGACAGAUAGAUUUGAAGAUUUGAGAAAUAACAUUACGGAAGUAAUGGAACAUAAGAUCCGGGACAUUGAGGAAAUAGAAGAGAAGAUGACACGGUCAUCUGUCGCUUUCUUUGCACACCACGUGCCAGAUUUGUCUCUUGAUGUGACUGACAAGAUCAUCAUAUUUGAUAGCAUCAUUACGAACGAGGGGUCAGGCUAUGACACUUCUACGGGUGUCUUUACGGCACCUGUCGGGGGAAUGUUUCAAUUCACUGUCAAUUUUUGUUCACUAUAUAACCAACAUUCGCCCAUAGCAUUGGUUUUGGCAGGGAAACAGAUAGCUAAAUCAUCAAAUUAUGACACGUCCCACCACACCUGCGGCUCGUUUUCGGCAAUUGUAAGAGUGAAAUCGGGAGAAAAAGUUUGGGUAAAAUGUGUCACUGGAAAUUCUUCUUAUAAGUUAUAUCGAGACAAUUGGAUGAUGAACUCUUUCAGUGGAUUUCUCCUCUACAAGUAGGCAAUGAAAAGCGAUAUAACAAAUUCUGUUGCUGGAGACGUGAAAAGAUAGAUCUAAAAACUUUAUCAUAAUCAUGUGUGUAUAUUUUAGUUUUAACUACACUUUCAGAAAUAUGAAAGUGCAUUGGUUUGUUUUUGAAAAUGAAUGUGACUGAAUGAGCAAGGAUAGUCUGUUGCUGUUCAGAGACAUUGUAGUUACAUUGUACAAACAGGAAGCAAAAUUGUUUAACACAUUUCUUACUAAAUGAGCGCAUAUGUAUAUUUGUUUACCUUUUGUCAUUAUGGUCUACAAGUUUUCCGUUGUUGAGUUAUUUCU